UUCUUUCUCCUCUUCCUCCUCCUCUUCCUCCUCCUCUCCUGCAGGGAGGCUAUAGGCCUGGUUUGUGAAGCCGUGCCUAGCAACAAGGGAGCCGUGCGUAGGAGGAAGCCCUGCGGCCGUGCGCUCAACUCCAUCCUCGGCAAGACCAACCUGAAGUUCGCCGCUAUGCCCAUAACGCUAACCAUCUCGACCAGCAGCUUGAACCUCAUGGCGUCCGACUGUAAACAGAUCAUCGCCAAUCACCAUAUGCAGUCGAUCUCGUUCGCUUCCGGAGGGGAUCCGGAUACGGCGGAAUACGUCGCUUAUGUUGCCAAAGAUCCCGUCAAUCACAGAGCUUGCCACAUCCUGGAGUGUCCCGAAGGGUUGUCGCAAGACGUCAUCAGCACCAUCGGACAAGCGUUCGAAUUGCGCUUCAAGCAGUACCUUAAGAACCCUCCUAAACUCGUCACACCGCACGACAGGAUGGCCGGGUUCGACGGCUCCGCUUGGGACGAAGAGGAAGAGCCGCCUCCUCCUGACCACCAAUACUACAACGAUUUUCCGGGAAAGGAACCUCCCUUAGGAGGGGUAGUUGACCUGCGUUUGCGGGAAGGGGCUGCGGCGGCUCAGACCCCCAACAAUUUGGGGGCCACCUUGCCUGUCGGACAAGUGGUUGCUGGGGACUACGAAUCCAAAAAGCCCCAUUCGGUCGCACAAGGCAGGGAUCGGGGCCCUCCUGGCCGCCCCGAAUUCGUGGUGGACCCUUCCUACGUUAACGUGCAAAAUUUGGAAAAAUUGCAGCCGGGGGUCCAGAGCGUGACUUCUAAUGGCAGCGUCCAGCGAGACCUCUUCGACAUGAAGCCUUUUGAGGAUGCCUUGCGGGCGCCCCCGCCACCGCCCACUCCUCCGUCCCACCCGCCAGCUACCAUGGAGGAGCAACUCCGGCGGGAAUCAUGGUAUCACGGUCAAAUGAGCCGCAAAGAAUCGGAGAAACUGUUGCAAGCCAACGGGGAUUUCCUGGUGCGGGAAAGUACCACCACGCCGGGACAAUAUGUCCUCACCGGACUACAGGGCGGACAGCCCAAACACCUUCUUCUCGUCGAUCCGGAAGGAGUGGUUCGGACAAAGGAUCAUCGCUUUGAAAGUGUGAGCCAUUUAAUCAGCCACCAUAUGGACAAUCGGUUGCCCAUCAUCUCGGCCGGCAGCGAGCUGUGUCUACAGCAGCCCGUCGAGCGGAGACAAUGAGCACGACGACUGGAGUCGCAUCACUACAAAGGCCCUUAAAGCGGGGAACUCUUCCGUCUCCCCAGUCCUGUGGACUUCUCCGACAGCUGCUAAAAAGGGCUGUCUCCUCUGCCAAAGCAUUUUAUGGGGUCGAAGGGACUCGGAUGAGCCCCAAAACCCAUCGUGUCCUCCCAGACCACCUCUCUCUACGUCUUGCCACGGCCCGGCUUUUCCUGGUUGGAGCGAAGCGCCGUCUAGCCAAGAUUCUAGUCCUCAAGAGCUGUCCAGCUUCGGUUUUGUUGACGGUCCUUCAAGAGUCCUUCUCGCCUUGGACAACUUUUGUCUCCUCCGCUAACUGUUCAGGAAUAGCCAGGCGAUCUCGUGUGCGCCUCGUUGUGUCUUCUGCGACUGAUGCCAAAGUCCCUGUGAAAGUGUCCUCUUUUCGGGGGAGAUUAUUGUUUAAAGCACAAAAAAAAGGGAAAUAAAGGGCAACUCGUUCGGGGUCUGGAAGGCAGAAGUCUCUUUCUGCGCUUCCCACAGACCCCACCCCACCCCGCUCACUCAUUUUUAUAUAUGUUCUGUGUGUGCCUUGAACCUUUUUCAGGUCAGAUUUUAUGCAAAAUUCCUCUUCCUUUGGAGGUUCUCACAAGGCUGCCUGGUUUUUUGGGGGAGGGGGCUGCAGGAGGGAGAAAGGGGCAGUCGUUUCUCACUCGCCUCCUUCUGAUCCAUCAUGGUUGCCCCAUAAUUUAUCCCCUUCUUUUCUCCCCACCCGCAAAAGCCCAGGCUAAGCACCAGUGGUGGGAUUCAGCCGGUUCGGGGAAACCGGUAGUUAAAUUGUUGGCUGGCUCGGCCCCUCCCUGCCCAGGAGUCCCCACGCGUCCCAUUUUGGCUCCCAGGUAAAUGCAGGGAGGCCUCCUAAGCCCAAAAUGGGGCAUGGGGGGGCGUGUUCCCCCCGCAGCCCGUUUUUGCUCCCAAGUGCUGCCUGUUGCAAUCCCUGGCUAGCCAGUCAUUAGGGCAGAGAACCGGCUGUUCUCUGGAUUAAAGGAUGUUUUCCUGAAUUAAAGGAUUUUUUGCUGAAUUUUGGGAUGGUUUCCAAGAAGACGGUCCCAAAACUGAAGUGAGGGUCCCCCCAAAAAAAGAUGAAAAGAGAAGAAAAAAAAUUGGGUUUGUCUUCCAGCGCUGAGGCUGGUUCCCUUCCCAGUUUCUUCCCGGGGUCUGUACAUAAGUGUGAUAAUUUGGUGUUGCAUGUAUGUUGUUAUACUCAGAGGCCAAUGUGUAGCUUUACUCUCUUAUCACUGUGCCUGUACCCGCUACUCUGCGGGACCCCCGACCCUCCAAGCCCACUCAGCCCCUCCUCACUACGUCCUUUAUACACACUUUGUAUCGGUUUGAUUUUCUCUCGAAUAUACCAAAGGAAAUCAAAUAGUUAUUAUUAAAGGUUGGUAUUUCUUUA